AUGCUCCCCAGCCCGCUCAUAACUUCUUCUACCACGCCUUUCUCCGUGAAGGACAUUUUGAAGUUAGAGUUGCAGCAGCAAUCUCAGCAGCACCAGCUCCAGUAUUUCUCCUGCUUCGGUCUCUCCGGGGCUCUGUCACAGCAGGGAGCUUUCCCAAAUAAACCUUUCCGCUCUCAUUCACCCCCCUCCUGCAUGUUGGCCGGGAGGGACAGUCCGAGUCCCAUCAGCUCCGGACUCUCGGAGAGCGAGGAGAGGAUGUCGUACCUCAACACGCUGCCUGCUUCACAGGACCGGCUGCCGGAGUCCGGGCUGCCGGGGGAGAUGUUCGACAGCCCGGCGCAGAAACACUCCGCAGAGCUCCGGCUGGAGACCGAGCUGGAGGACCAAGAUAGCAAGAGCUGCGGGGCGUUGCGGGGCGAAUGUGAGGAUCCAGCCUCGGAGAAGCCGGCCACCAAGCAGCAGAGGACCAGGAGGAAACCCCGCGUGCUCUUCUCCCAGACUCAGGUGUUUGAGCUUGAGCGGCGCUUCAAGCAGCAGCGUUACCUGUCCGCCCCGGAGAGAGAGCACCUGGCCAGCUCUCUGAAACUCACCUCCACCCAGGUCAAGAUCUGGUUCCAGAACCGGAGGUACAAAUGCAAGAGGCAGCGGCAGGACAAGAGUUUGGAGAUGGCAGGUCAUCACCAUCACCACCACCACCCACCGCCGCCCAGGAGGGUGGCUGUGCCGGUGCUGGUCCGGGACGGGAGGCCGUGUCUGACUGGAUCACAGAACUAUAACGCUUCUUACACAGUGGGAGCUCCAAACCCAUACAGCUACAAUGGCUAUCCUGCAUACAGCUACAACAACUCGCUGUAUACUAACACUUACUCUUGUACUUAUUCGAGUUUGCCUGCUCUGCCACCCAGCAACACCCCUGCUAAUGCUUUUAUGAACAUGAAUUUGGGAAACAUUGGUGCACAGACGCAAAGCCAUGCGCCCCAAGGACCAGGAGUCCCAGCCUGCCAGGGAGCUCUGCAGGGCAUACGGGCAUGGUGA